CCAAUUCAGUUUUCAGCUGGUAUUGACAUUUUACAUAUGCAGUUUUGAUAAUACGAAUUACAAGUAUAGUAAAAACUUUUAUUUUUACAAUUAUUAUAUUUAGUUUAAACUUUUAAAUGUUACUCAAUGGCACCGGUGCAUUGGACUUUCGAAGAUGUAAAGAAAAAUGCUUCAAAUUGGAAUCUCGAAGGUGAUUCACAAUUGUUGGAACUUAUGAAAAGUAUUUCCAAUAAUUUAUCAACUCGAGCAAAUACUACAAAAGCUAAUUUAAAUAAAAUGGACAUUAAUCUCGAAAAAUCUUGUAUUGCCUUUGAAAAUGCAUCAAAUAAACUGUCAGCAUUGUCUAAGACUCAAUUUGUUGAAAGCCGUGUUUUUGAUGAUGAUGAAACUAAACCCAAACAAGUUUCUAUAGAAAACGAAAUGAAAGUUUAUAACCCCAAUGAAACAUUAAAAAUAAUUUUGGACAACAAUCUGAAGAUGUUAGAAAAUUGUUAUGAAAAAGUUUUAUUAAAUUUGGAUGAUUCAGAUGAAGAGGAUGAACAAGCGAAAAGUACUAUAAUAUAUCGGCCAAAAAAUUUAUAUGCAAAACGUUUACCAGCUUUAAUUGGAUCAGAAGAGUGGAACGAGAAGUGGCAUAUUGGGCUGCUGGAUUCAGAUGACGAGAGUGCUUCUGAAAAAGGGAAUGCGCCAGAGGAGUUUUCAGAUGAUUCUGCCGAAAACAUAUCUUUACCAAGCAUUGGGCCGACAAUAUCUGAAUCCGGAAGUUCUGUUUGGAGUAUCAGUCGAGUUUUAUCACAUCAAACAAGAAAGCUUAAUAAUAAGUUCGAUCCAUCAUCUGAUGAAGAAGCGAUAUCAUCUAAUACAUUUUUAUCUAAAACUUCAUCUGAGGAUACUCGAAAAACUAAGAGCAAAAAAGUAGAACGGAUUACUGAAGAAAAAUACUACGUCCAUAAACCAAAAGAAAAGCGUUUAUCUGAAAGUUCGGAUUCAGAGCGUGAAAAUAACAAGGAUAAGAGCAGGAUCAACUCGGUUAAAAAACACCAGACUUUGAAAUCGGAGCAAAGUAUGAAACGUGAAAUACUUCCUAAAGUAUCCAACAUAUUUUCUGAUGAACCUCCCGAUUUAGAUUUAGACGAAACUUUAAAGGAAUCCAACCAAAAUUUUGUUAGUGAACGUUUAGAUACGCAAUCAAAAGCCCUCUUCACUGAUGGAAAAUCUAACUAUAGGAAAUCUGAUAGGCAAACUUCGAAAGAAAAUUAUUUAAUUCAAAAUGACAGUCUGGCAAAAACAAAUGAUGCGUUGUUUAGCGAAAAUGACUUCGAUUCUCUUGUUAGGGAAAUUAAUGAAAAAUCGGCCAGUAAAACUAUGCAAACUAGUAUAUCUAAAAAAGUAAAUUUAUUUUAUUCAGACAGUGAACCUGAGUCGGAGAAUAGAAAAGCGGAUGUUAAUUCUGAGAGUUUUUCUUCAACAAUCAACAAUUCAAGUAAGACUAAGAUUGACAUUUUAAGCAAGAUUACACAGGAAAAUAAUGAAAAUGAAAAUAAUAAUAAGAAAGGCAGAGAUUUACUUUUAUAUCCAAAUAAUGCACGUAAUCUAUUCGAUGAUUUUGAAGAUGAAGUGGAUUUAUUUCUUCCUAUUAAAACUGAAGAUAAGAUAUCAGGCUCAUUAAGCUCUGCUCUUCUAUAUAAAACAAAAAUUGCAAAUCUCUUUGACGAUGAGCCGCCUGAAGACGAUUUUGAUAAUCUCUUCCAAGCUUCAAGAGUUAAGGACUCAAAAAUUUAUGGCAAUAAAACAGACGACAAUACUUUUAUUGAAGGUAAUCUAGAACAAGAAAUAAAAGUUCAGUGCUCUGAAUCGCAAAUAAAAAAGAUUGAUGAAAGUGUUUUACAAGAUUCGGAAGAAAAGUCUGAAACAUCAAACAAUAAAAUAGAUUCUGGUUUGAGAAACUCAACUUUAACUCAAGAUAAAUUAAAAACGCCUUGUGAGAAGAAAGGUGUUAGUACUGAACAAACUGGAACUUUAUUUUCAAGUGACUGGUCUGACGAUGAUGAUAGCUUAUUUAGCACAAAAAAAGCACAAAAAAAACUGAGUUCCGAUUUUGCAGGGGCUGAAGAAAAAGACAUUACAAAUAAAAGCAUUGAAUCUAUUCUCAAAAAACAAAGCGGAAAUAGUGAAAAAGUAUCUGUCAAAUCGCCUCCUCCAAUUCCACCAAUGGAUAUAAAUUUUCCAACAAACUCUGAAAAGAGUCCAGAGGUCAUUCAAAAACGCUUACCUCUAUUAACAGAUGAGGUUCAAUCGAACUUGAACGUGAAUUUGAAAUUAUCUAGUGAAAAAACUAGUGCAAUUACUAAAAAUACUUUGGAAAAUAAUACAGAAGCAAAUCACGUUUCAUCGUCAAAUGUAAAUAAUCAAAAUACAAAAGACUCUGGUAGUUUAGAUAAAACAGAAGUAAAAGAAAAAAUACAUGUUGGCAACAAACAAGAUUUUAUAGCAAAUAUUUCUACAGAAUUAACAAAAGAUUUAUCACAGUCUUCUUAUCAACAUGUUAACGAUGAAGUUCUAGAUGAAACUAGAAAAAUUGUAACUAGCCAAGAUGAAGGUAGUGAAAUACUGAUGCACAAUACUUUUGAAGAAUUUGAUAAAGUUUUGAACACGGAAAAUAAAGUUAAUAAUAUAGUGGAAACUAGUGAGGGUAGUUCUGUUCAGAUGAAAAAUGAAGUAUAUUCCCUUUUAUUUUCUGAUAUCCCACCCGAAGAUGAAGAAAUAUUUAAUCAAAAUAUAACUUCAGAAGAUGUUAUGGUGCACGCAAAAGAUGCAACUAAGACGCAUGUAAAUUUCAAAUCUUAUAAUGAUAAUCAUAUUGGAUUAUUUGAUGAUAUCCCUCCAGACGAUUAUGUGGACGACAACAAAAAAAAUUCGGAGAAUUUGUUUAACGAAGACUUUGAUAAUCCCGCCGAAGUAAAAUUCGAGAAAGAUAUAAAAUCAAAUUAUAUGAUAAGCGAAGAACCACCGCCAGAUGAUUAUUUCAAAGAAAAUUCAUGUAACGUAAAUAAUGAUUCUCAUUUAACUAAGUCUAAUACAAAUACAUUUGCUUCAAAUGAUAUCGAUUUAGGUUCUGCAUUGGUAAAUGUAAAGUUAAAAGUUGAUGAUGUUAAAACAAAAUUAGAUGAAAAGUAUGUUAAUUUAAGCAAAUCGCUUAGUGCACCCGUAUCAACACAUGAUGAAGUACCACAAUCAGAAAAAGUUUUUGUUGCACCUGAAAAAAUUGCUCAAAAGCCGUCAAAAACGCUACAACAGGAGGGUAAAAGUACGGAAAUACAUAAAUCAAUUAAUGAAUCGGAAUCUGUGCUAAAACUUGCAAAUGAGCUAAAUAUUAAUGUAUCGGCUUUACUUCCUGGUGCGAAACGACCUGUGAAAAACAAGGAAUCUUUCUCAAAUGUUAAAACAGAAUUUAACGAGGAUAUAAACUCUAAAGAAAUUAGUAAAGUAACUAAGUCAGAACCCAGUGAUAUAACAACAGAGGGGAAAUUAAUUGGUUUGAACAAAAGUAGAGCCAAAAUUUUAGUUAAACGAAGACCAUCAACAAGAAAAGCUCGCCAAGAAAGCUAUCGCAAAUCUAUUAUUGAUAAUGACAAUUUUUCUGACUCAGAAAAAGAUUUCAAGUCAAUGAACAAACAAAUAUCGCGAUGUGAAGAACCCCGAAAUACGAAACGUAAAUCCAUUCAAAAUACAGAAGAGCAUCAAUCAUUUUUUUCAAAUUUGGACACCAGCACAGAAGUUAAAAUUAAAAAUAUAACAAGUGAAAAGAAUUUGAAACGUAAUAAUUCAUUAUUUGACGAUAGUGAUGAAGAUUUGAAAGCGCCAAAUCAGACCAAGCAAUUGUCUUUCAUAAAAAAGGAUUCAUCUCAUCAAGUUCAACAUAACGAAUGUAUAAAGUCUUUAAUUAAUCAAAAUAAUUAUUUUAAAAACGUUAAUGAAUUUUGGGAUCCUAAAACAGCUAUUCCAGAUCGUCAAACACAAAGUAUUAGUGAUGAAAUUUUUAGUAAUAUUGAAUCGCCUAAAAAUAAGCCUAAAUCAGAUUUUGACAACGAUUGCAAACAAGUGCCUACAUUAAAUUUUAAUAAAAAAACCUCUAGUUCAGAUGCCAAUUUUUGUGCUAGUCCACCGAAUCAAAAUAUGAUUAAAAGUGGAGGUUUGAGUAGUAAUCCUGAAAACGAUGACGAUGAUUUGUUUUCGUCUCCAUUUGUUAAAGUGAUUUCUUCUCAAACAACAAAUUCUUCUAGCAUUGGAAAAAAUUUAAGUCAAAACCAACAAAACGACAAACAAUCUUAUGAUCAAAGCAGUAGCGAAAUAUUUAAAAAAAUAAGCAUAUCUAAGCCUGUAUCCGACAUUCUGGAACCACAUCAACAAAAUGAUGUUUUGAGUGUUUCCAGUUCAAAGAAAUUAUCCAAUAACAAAUCGAAAGGUUUAUUUUCUAGUGAUGAUGAAGAAGACGAUUCAUUAUUUGGCGGUAAUAGUGUUACCAUUAGCUCAAAAAAGAACAAUAAUUAUGAUUAUAACACUCAAACAAAACCUAAAACCGUGUUAAAACAAACAAAAAACAUGAAAGAACAUAGAAUAAAGCAAAGUCUUUUUGAUGACAUUGAAGACGAUGAAGAUGAUGAUUUGUUUGGAACUAAUAAAAUUGCUAAAGCUGGAACAUCUAAAAUAUUAAACAAAUCUCAACCAAAUCGUGGUGCAGUCCCUAAACGAUUCGUUGAAAAGAAAGUUACAAAAAUUGAAGAUACUAACAAUCCGCUGGCGGAUUUACUUGAUUGAAAAUAUCUAUUAAUUAAAGUGGCGAUGUUGGUUGGAAACAAUUGAAAAGAAAAUCUUUACAAAUUAUUUGUGGUAUCAAUAAACAUUAAUUUGUCCUGUGAUUUUUGGGGGUUAUUAUAAAUACUACAUAUUUUUUUUUUAUAAUUUUUAAAAACAUUUCCAAAAUGAUCAAAUAUUAAUGAAAUAUUUAGUAAUAUUUUUAAGUUCAAAAUACUAUACAAACAUUUUUUUCUUGUAUUUAAAAGAACAAAUUUUUAUUUUUAUAUCAAAAUAUAAAAUUACAAAUUACAAUAUGAAAGUAUAAGUUCAUAUAGUAAAAAAUAAUAUACGGGAAAAUACUUCUCAAUAAAAAUAAGUUUUCGAAAGCAAAAUUAAAAUUGAUCUUCAUUUAAAUUAUUAAAAUAAUUAUUUCUAUUCGAAUACAAGUACGUA